AUGUCUCGCUCAAACGCUCAGGGCGGCGGGGCAGCCUCCCGCAAGAUCUCGUUCAAUGUGAGCGAGCAGUACGACAUCCAGGAUGUUGUCGGAGAGGGCGCCUACGGAGUUGUUUGCUCUGCCAUCCACAAGCCCUCGGGCCAAAAGGUGGCCAUCAAGAAGAUCACCCCCUUUGAUCACUCCAUGUUCUGCCUCAGAACGCUACGAGAAAUGAAGCUCCUACGAUACUUUAACCACGAAAACAUCAUCUCCAUCCUCGACAUCCAGAAGCCCCGAGGCUACGAAAGCUUCAACGAAGUCUACCUUAUCCAGGAACUGAUGGAGACGGAUAUGCACAGAGUCAUUCGCACGCAGGACUUGUCCGACGACCAUUGCCAAUAUUUCAUCUAUCAGACGCUGCGCGCUCUCAAGGCCAUGCAUUCGGCCAACGUGCUACACCGAGACCUCAAACCCUCCAACCUCCUCCUCAACGCCAACUGCGACCUCAAAGUCUGCGACUUUGGCCUCGCCCGAUCGGCGGCAUCGCAGGAGGACAACUCGGGAUUCAUGACAGAAUACGUCGCGACCCGGUGGUACCGCGCCCCCGAGAUCAUGUUGACGUUCAAGGAGUACACAAAGGCCAUUGAUGUGUGGUCUGUGGGAUGUAUCCUGGCCGAGAUGCUGAGCGGCAAGCCCUUGUUUCCCGGCAAGGACUACCACCACCAGCUGACGCUCAUCCUGGACGUUCUCGGCACGCCAACAAUGGAAGACUACUACGGCAUCAAGUCUCGCCGAGCCCGCGAGUACAUCCGGUCUCUGCCCUUUAAGAAGAAGGUGCCGUUCCGCACGCUGUUCCCCAAGACGUCGGACCUGGCGCUCGAUCUCCUGGAAAAGCUGCUGGCCUUUAAUCCGGUGAAGCGCAUCACGGUGGAGGAGGCGCUCAAGCACCCGUACCUGGAGCCGUACCACGACCCCGAAGACGAGCCAACGGCGCCGCCGAUUCCGGAGGCGUUUUUUGACUUUGACAAGCACAAGGACAACCUGAGCAAAGAGCAGCUGAAGCAGCUCAUCUAUCAAGAGAUUAUGCGAUGA